GCAUCCCCAGAUUCUGGAGCCGUAGAUAGCCUUGAGUCUUGGCCGUGGAUGCGAAAGUGUCCCUCCCCUCCCCGUAUAUAUAUAUAAACGUCCUCUCGCACUCCCAGUCCCCUUGCUCGCCCCAUAUACCACCUAUACCUACCCACCUCCACCACGAAAAAACCCACAAUGGCAGCCGACCGCCUCUCUCUCGUGACGGGGCACCUUACCUCAACCUUCCCUGCUGGCCUUCUGGCCGACCAAACCGCAAUCAUUACCGGCGCGGGCCAGGGAAUCGGGGCAGCGACGGCACUGCUGUUCGCAAAGGAGGGUGCACGGGUGGUAGUCGCAGACCUGGACGAGACGAAGGCGCGCGAGGUCGCGGCAGCGAUCACCGCUGCCGGCGGGAAGGCCGUCGCUGUGGCCGGCGAUAUCAUGUUGCAGGCGACGAUUGACGCCGUGGUUAAUGCGGCGGUGCAGUUAGGCGAGGGAAAGAUACAUCAUAUUGUUAAUAAUGCCGGCUUCACAUGGGACGGCGUAAUCCACAAAACGACCGAUAAGCAGUGGGACAUGAUCAUGGACCUGCACACGAAGGCACCGUUCCGGCUUGUGCGCGCGGCGGCGCCGUAUUUCCGUGUCAAGGACGGCGAGCCACGGAGUAUCACUAACGUCUCAUCUACCAGUGGGAUUCACGGGAAUGCCGGCCAGGCGAACUACGCCACCGCGAAAAUGGGCAUCCUCGGACUGACCAAAACGAUCGCGAAGGAGUGGGGUCCCUCGUUCGGGGUGCGAUGCAAUGCCGUAGCGUUCGGGAGCGUAACCACCCGCCUCACAGCAGAGAAGGAAUCCGGCGCCUUCGCCGAAGUGGGCGGCGAAAAGAUCGCGCUCGGCAUACCGAAGGCGCAGCAGCGCGGCGCGGAGGGGUUCGCUAUGGUGCCGCUGCGGAGGGCCGGCACCGCCAACGAGGCCGCAAUGAGUAUUCUUAUGCUCGCUAGUCCGCUAAGUGCUUAUGUCAGUGGGCAUUGUUUGGAGGUUACGGGUGGGGCGGGGAUUUAAGGGGGGUUUUGGAGUGGAGGGCCGAUGAGUCUUAUGUAGCGGACAUCUACUUUAUAUAGCGGAUAUAUACCAAUCUGAUUUUGUG